UGCCACAUAAUCCACCGAAAAGAAUCCCCAUCAACAGUCAGGAUAUUCCUGUUGCAAAUCGUUUAUCCAGAAGGAUUGUUCUUCUGGGUAAAACUGGUGUUGGGAAAAGUGCAGCUGGAAACAUGAUACUAGGAGAGAGAGUGUUCAGAUCUGCAUUGAGAAUGAAUGCAGUAACCCAUGAAUCCACAGUGAGACAUGCCACUGUUUCAGGCAGAUCUUUGUCUGUAGUUGAUUCUCCUGGAUUCUUUGACACACAGGUGAGCCAUGAUCAGUUUGUGACAGAGAUGACAAAGAGCAUGUAUUUAUCCAGUCCUGGACCUCAUGCUUUUCUCAUUGUGUUUCCUGUGAAUAUGAGAUUCACUGAACAGGAGCAGCAGAUUCCUCAAAAGAUUGAGAUGUUGUUUGGUCAGGAGGUGUUAAAAUACUCCAUCAUUCUCUUCACUCAUGGAGAUCAGCUAGAUGAAGAGUCUGUAGAGGAGCUCAUUGAGGAGAAUGAAGCAUUAAGACAUCUAGUUGGUCAGUGUGGAGGCAGAUUUCAAGUCUUCAACAACAGAGAUCAGAAUAACAGAGAGCAGGUGAAUGAAUUACUGGAGAAGAUUGACACAAUGAUAGAGCAGAAUGGAGGAGGAUACUACAGUAAUCAGAGAUUUCAAGAUGCUCAUAGAUUAAGACGAAAGGAAGAACAGAAACAGAGAGAGGAAGAACAGAAAGAGAGAGAGGAAAAUGAGAGAAAACUACAAGAUGAGACUGAGAAAGUGAGAAAGGAAACAGAACAGCGUAUCAGAAAUGAGUAUGAAAGUAAAAAAGAAGAACCAAGCAGUGGUUUUCUGCAGUUUUUAUCCAUGUAUAAGUAUCAAAUUUAUAUGGCAGCCAUAGCAGCUGGUUUUCUAACUGGUGGUCCAGUUGGGGGAGCUAUUGGUGGCAGUGUAGCAGGAGCUGUAUUUGGUGGAGCUGAAAGUGGAACUGUAACUGGAGCUGCUGUUGGUGGAGUUGUUGGUGGAGCUGUUGCUGGAGCUGUUACUGUUGCUGGAGCUGUUGGAGGUGUUGCUGGAGCUGUUGGUGCUGCUUCUGGUGGAGCUUUUGUGAAGCGGUAG